AUGGGUGAGGCUGUUUUGAGAUCGGCAGCGAAAUCUCGGGGAGUGAACAUAUCUGUCGAUAGUGCAGGAACGGCAGGAUACCACGCUGGUGAAGAUCCGGAUGAUAAACAUAAGGUUCCCAUUUUUCAUGCGAGUAGAAAGCUAAAAACCUCGGACUUCACUGAGUUUACUCAUAUCCUUGCAUCGGACGACUCCAACCUGCGAGAUAUUAAACGAGUUAUGCCGUCAGGCGCCACUGCUGAUGUUCGUUUGUGGGGGAGCUAUCUGGAUGGCAAGAGCAUUCCUGAUCCUUGGUAUGGUGGAAUCAAGGACUUCGAAAAAGUCUUUCAGCAAUGCACUGCGCUCUCCAAAGCAUUUCUUGAUCAACUAGUUGAAGAAUAG